UUUCAUUCUCCAGAUGGCCAAUUUCAUUUUGUAAAUGCCAAAGCCUUGAUUGGCGAGAAUGUGGAAAAAGUGCAAGAAGGCGAGUUCCUAUUCGUUGCAUCUCUUUUACAAACAAGACCUAUGCCUAGCGGAACGAUGCAUCAUUUCUGCGCGGGAACACUCAUUUCAUCGCAGGAUGUCAUAACCGCGGCACAAUGUUUGGAUGGGAAAAAAGCAAUUAAUUUACGAGUAAUUUUAGGAUCGGUUGAUUUGAAUUUCGAUGGACAUUAUUAUGUGAAUUAUUGGGUAACAUAUAAAAAUUGGGCAAUAAAAAAGAAUAUUGUGGUGGACACGGAUAAGCACGAAAUAGCUAUAAUACGGUUAUCUCGGGAGGUGAAUAGUCAAAUCAAACCAGCGGUCAUCUCCUUCUUAUCUCAUUCGGAAUAUGUUGGGAAAGUGGCCGAGUUAGCAGGAUGGGGUAUAUCAAACGAUAAUGAGAUGCCGACGACUAUGGAAACCGUGAAAGUGGAAGUUUUAUCAAAUGCAGAGUGCGAGACUCGAUCUGAACGGCUCGGCGCACCAAAAUGCCGUUUCCCAGCAAGAUAUUUGUUCACUGCUGCAAAUCCCUAUGCCCAAUUAAGUUCCGGAGAUAGUGGUGGUCCCCUUCUGCUUAACAAACAGCUCAUUGGUGUCAAUCACGGAACGUGUCUAAUACCCGAGCAAAUUUUUCAUUCUGAAAAAAUAAAUCUUCACUUCGGUGUCAUGUACUAUCAACAUUUCAUCACAAAUAUUUUAACGGAAUAUAAAUAAAUUUUGUAUAUUUGAAAGUUAUGGAUAUAAAUUAAU